AGCAGAUUCAGGUUCACGCCAAACAUUCAGGUUGGGGUUCGACUUCUGUUUGUUGUGGUCUACUGUCUGGAAGUAUUUUCCAGUAUUUUACUGUACGUUUCUCGCAGUGACUGCGCUGAUCAUCUCUGCCGAUCGACGCUGCGUUUCCUCUUCUUUGGUCGGCGUCAUCGUGUGUCCUCGUCGAGACUAGAUGCGUUUGCAAAACACCUUUCAACUGACUUACCUAACCUGAACACGUCACGUGUAAACGUUUUGGAACUCUUAAUUUUUGCCCCCAAAAUGAGUGAAGGUUUAGUUCAGACCAAAUCGUCGCAGUUGCGUAAAAGUACUGAUUUCCAAGAAGUUGUGUUCACAAGUUACAAAGCGAAAGAGAAAAAUGCUGCCGCCACUGCUCCUGCCUCCCGAAGAAAGUUCGAACAAGAUCAAAUGAAUAGGAGUGAAGAAAAGGAACGCUUCAUGAAGAAAACAAGACAUGAGAUCAUCAAAUUAGGACUAAGUGGUUUUGAUCCUUCUAAACGACAAAAAACUAAAGAAGCCUUAGCUAUUUCACUUGGUGCGAAACCGAAGAAAACUAAGCCUAUGAACUAUAAGGAGUUUAAAGAAAUGCAUUCAAAACGGAAGAAAGAGGAAACAGAAAAAACAGCAUUCAACAAUAUAGGAAAAACCCCAACUGGAGAAGCUUUAGCUAAAAUCAAAACUCGAAUGGAUCUCAACAAGCGGGCACCAAGAGGAGAUCGGAAAGGAGGUAUCCUUGACACUUAUGGCAGAGUUAAAAAGAAUGACAUUCCAAGACCGAAGAAAAAGUGAUAACUUGUAACAUGGACCAUGUAAAUUUAUGUGAAUAGCUAUGUACUUGUAAUUAAGUUCAGUAAAUGUUCUGAUUAUGAAUCUGUCAGAUCAUAAUUUGUGCAUUUUGUUCUAUGGCAUCCAUCAUAACCUUAUUGGUUUAGAACUAGAAUGCAGGUUAUUAAUUAACGAUAUCAAUGUCAGUUUAUUUAUUUUGUUAGUGUCAGGUGGCCUGUUUAAAGAAAGUUUUUUAUUAUGUCCUGUUUCCACCAAUAAAGAAAUAAGAAAUA